AUGAACGCGCCUGUUGAAGCCCAGUCUAUAUCGUCGCUAAGUUAUCUACUUGCGAACCCGCCCCGCUAUCCACGAAAUCCAACACACCAAGUCCAUGAACCCCUUGUGCUGUACAUCGUCCGGGUGCCCGGCAGCAAAGAUGUCUUCCUUACGACGCUCAAACCGCCCACCAAAGCCUCCAUAAGUAUCGACGCGGUCCAUUCGAGUCUAUACUUCCUUCACGUCGAAAGACCACAAGAUGAUGCGCUGAGAGAAUCGCUGGAAGCCGCGAGAGCGGCAGAAAGAUCCAGCAAUGGGAUCACGCCGAUUCAGAGGAAACCUCUUCCUUCCACACCCUUUGCGAACUAUCCUGCUUCUCAGAGGCCUCCGACUCCGCCAAAGAGUUACCCGCACUACCAGCCACCCCUCCCAGGCUCCGGAACAGCAAAUCAAGCGCAGCGAUAUGCAGCGCGUGGGGCCAAUCUAAGGCUUGACAUUGGUGACCAAAACCCGUUUCCUGCGACUUCGCGCAAGCCUGUGGGCGCUCGACCGCUGCCCGCACGACCAACUCUCGAGCCUCCCCUGCAAACCAUCAAUGACGAGGGUAGUGCUUGGCCCAGCCCCAUUGACCAAGGACAUGGACAGAUUAGGUUGGCUAGGAAGCCCGUGCAGCCACCGUGCUCAACUCAUGCUGGCGUGCCAGAAACCGCCGAAAACCGACAGGACUUGCCCGAGUGUUCGCCCGUUCCUCUGGCCUCGCCGCCUUCACUCUCUGAUCUCAGAGAGGAAGCUAUAUCUCGUCCACAGCCUGACUCCCCCCGAGUGACCCUGAUCAGAAGAGAUCCCGCUACUGGAAGCCAGUGGAACGUCGGAAGUAUAACCCCGCACAGUGCAGGAGGGCCUCUGCAUGAAGUCGAAAUAGAACUUAGUUCUCCAGGAUAUACCCAGUUCACCAGGCUAGAUGCGGCAAGUGGGAGCGGUUUUCGAAGGAAGGUCGGCUACUUGUCGACAUCUAAUCAGGAUGGGCCUUCAGUGACAAGAAGGAGGAGCAACUCCGACGAGUCCUUCUCGUCCUCACCUUUCUCGAACAACAGGAAAGCACGUCGGGCCUACGCAUUCAUAUCACCUUGGCAGGGAAUAUGCGCUUUUAGCAAUGGACUAGAUGGGAGGAGCCUACGCUGUCGACAGACGUUACUGGGGCCCAAUGCAUCAAUGGCAGCAGUUAUCGCCGAUGUAGCCGAACUACGUUUCAAUCUGCCGUGGGCUACGAAUCGACUGAGAGAACCACACAAGAGACCAGGCACCGAAUUGUCCGAGCUGUCAUCCAACGUGCCCGUUGCCCGUCCAGAAAGUUCCUCGAACAGGGAGCAAUGGAGAAGAAGCUUCCAAGCCUUGACACACAAGGCCCGGAAACAGCUGUCUAUCAGCGACACCAAGGAUGACUGGCAAUCUCCCAAGGAAGAAUCUCCUCAGCCUGGGCGGUCGGGGAAUGAGAGUCGUAUGAGCCUUGGUCUGGGCCGGGAGAAGGCUGGAGGAGGCUUCACGGGCCAGAGCGCUAAGCUGGGGAAGCUAAUUAUACAUGACGAGGGCUUGAAGAUGUGCGAUCUGGUCGUUGCUGCUUGCAUGGGAGUCUGGUGGCAGCACUAUGCGGGGGACAUGUGA